AUGCAGCAUCCAAGGAUGUUCAAUCAGGCAUCCACGAAUACAAGGAAACCCAAUGGGUUGGAUUCAAGUAUAAAGGCUCCUAACGUUUCUAACCAGAGACAAAUGUCAGCCAAUCAUGCAAGUUUGACUAUAGGUGGAUCCAGAAACACGAUUAAUCAACGACGAUCAAUGCUGGCUAAAAAUAUUGGCAGUACUUUAAUUGUCAGCCGAAGAAAUAACCAUUAUUUGGACGUGAAAGAGGAAGAAGAUUCUAAAGAAAAUCUCACUAAAACCAUAAGCAACGGUCAGAACGAAGAGGAUACUGAAGUUUCCGUUAAGGUAUCUGUUUGGUUCCACGAAUUACGUGAUUUUAUCGAAGAUAUAAUAAUAGAUGAGAAUGUCAUACCAACGGGGAUCCAAGUGGGUCAAGUUUUUGAACUUCGAUCUUUGGAUGAUGGACCAACCAAGAAACUUGUAUUUACUGUUCAAAAGAGAAAUCUACGGUCAGCAGCAGCAGCAACAACAACAACAACAACAGCAGCAGCAGCAGCAGCAAAUGAUGCCGAUUACACCGAGGCACUGAAGCCAAAGUUACAAAUCUCCUUAAUGUCUAAUCCAUUUCAGAAACUUCUUGACUUAGCACCACGUAGACAAGUUCAAUUGAAAAGACUAGUCAAGUUAGAGCCAGUUACAGUUGAUUCCGUUGAGAUAUUCAUCAAAGAUGUGAACUUAUCUCGAGAUGCAAUGUGGAACUUCUCAGCCUCCAUGAUAGGGAACUGUGUGUACAUUGAUCAAAGAUUAUUAUAUUUAGGUAGCAGGGUUGGAAUUACCAAGCACAUUUACAAAAACGGGAAAAACGUCAUCUCAGGAUAUGUCGAUAAAAAUACAAAGAUCAUAUAUAGAUCAGAAAGUGCCAAGAUCACUUUGUUUGUCCAGUUAUCAAGAGAAAUGUGGCAUUUUGAAGAAGAUGGAGAAAUUAUGUUUCACAAAUUGAUCAAUAAUUUAUUCCCCAAGAUUUUCCGCCGUUGGAGAGAAACAAACACCCAUCACUCAAUCACCAUUGUAUUGUUUACAAGUAUUGAUCUUACCGAUAUCCCAUGGACUAAUUUAGGACCAGGACAAAGACCUCCUCAGCGUCGAGACUUUUUCCGAGUGGUUGUAGAUCAAGUAAAUAGCAUGCAUUGGGAUCGAAUAAUGGAAGACUUGCGGUUAGAAUUUGCUAAUUUCAAAAGAGAUACAAUGCUAAACCUAGAUGAUGACGGGAAGUUUAUAAUUGAAAAUGGAACUUUACCUGCAAUAAAGGGCAAUUUGCUUGAAGCAGUCAAUUUAGGUUUGACAUCAUUAAACAACAGGUUCCAAAACACAGACCUUAAACAUUCUAUUACCCACAUUAUGCUUAUAACCCCUGGUACAGGAUUAUUUGAUGUUGAAUAUGACCUACUAUUGGAAACAAGCAAGAAAAUGUCCAGCGUUGAUUCAAGUUUGGAUAUAAUAUGUUUGAGUCAACCGCCCUUGCAUGUGACUCCAUUAUUUAGAUACAUUAAAGAAGGGAAAGUCUGUCAUUGUGUUCCUUUAUGGUGUGAUAUAUCUUUUUUCAUUGACAAGGUACAACAAGAGAGCCAAUGGAUUCCUAGAUGUAAGAUUUAUGAAUUGCAAAUGAUGGGUGUAAUGGAAAAUGAAGCCAGCGAUGCCCGAAUUCCUAGAUUGCAUUUGAACAGUCAUGGAAAAACAUUGGUAGAUAUCAUGGAAGAGUACGAUAAUGCUGUUUUCAAACCGAUAAAACGCAUACCAAAGCCGACUCAGAUAGACUUCAAACAGGUAAAACCAAAAUUUCAAGCUCCCGUAUUGAAAAAUGCCACAGCAACACUCUCUUUGAUGUUUGAAAAUAAGCCAUUGUUGCAACCUAGCAAUUCUUCUACAACUUCAUUAGCCACAGGAACCGUUGCUAAUCCAUCAAAAGAUGUUUCAGCACUUUCUUCUUUGUACUAUAUUAAUAAGAAUAGUGAAGACAUUAAAUCUCCGGCACCGUCAAUAAGAAGUGUAAUUCCAAUAUCUACUAUAGGAACCAUAGACAGUUAUCGAAAAUCUGCUGGAUCACCUAGAUUGAUUAGAGGGGAAACGAUGUUUAAAAGGAAAGAUGAAAUAGAGAAUUCCGAACAACCUUCAUCUUUGAAUGAGACAAAAGCAGUAUCGACCAGAAAGAAAUCAUCGAUUUUAACAGAACCAGAACAAGAAAUUUCAACAGGAUCACUUUGGAUCGAGAUUUUGAAUCCAUCACAAGAAACUACGACCAAUGUGCUCCAAAGAUCUCAGAGCAGUAGGUGGAGUAACAUAUUUCCUAACAAGAUCCAAAGAAAAUUGAUUAAAUGGAGAUCAUUUCAGGCACCUGCAUCACUUCCGACAAUAACAGGCGUGUUUCCCUCGACGAAUCAACUUCAAACAGAUUAUACGUUUCAAAUCUAUACCGUGUUUCUCAAUUCUGACAAUUACUGGGAGUUGAAAUCAACACAUUCCUUAAUGAGAGAAAUGAUUCAAUUGAGAUUAAUGUUAGGAUUCCAGGUUUGUUAUGGUGAAAGAGUCGAUAAAGCUGAAGCUGAAAGAAAACCUUCUGGAAAUGUUGAUGCAAUAAUUAAGUAUUUUCCUGAUGAACACAACUAUCUUGGUUCAAGAAUAUAUUUGGGGUUUGAUGAUGAGAUACAUCGUAUCUUUUGUGACUAUAAUGGAAAUAUAAACGUUCAACUAUACAGAAAGAUAACUGACAUUGAUGAGAAAAAGAUAACCUUAGGACAGACAAAACUCAAACCUUAUUUCCCCCUUAUAAGGACAAGGUAUACAGAUGAGUAUACACCUGCUAGAAUAGAUGCAAUUGCCAACAAUCCUCAAAAAUUCAACUGGAACCAGUUUGAUCAAUUAUUAGCUGGGUUUGACGAUGCUAUGCCAGAAGAGAAAAAGCAAUUCCACAAGAUGAAAUUCGUUGUGAUGCCUACCGAGAUCCCCAAAAAUGCAUAUUUUGUAAGCAAUGAAAAAUUAACCCCAGAGGAAAUUAGGGUAGAAGGUUUACGAAAAUUGAUUGGAGUUAUAGAAAGAGGCAAAUACCAACAUGAUUCUUCUCAAACGAAAAAGUCUCGUCGUGGAUCCGAUGUUAUUUUUUACACUGGCAAUUUAUAUGAUUUUUUGAACGAAGAAGCACAAAAUUAUGAUAUCACGGGUACUCAGCCAGCUUUGAUGAUUCCGGAAUCGUCAAGAUUUAAUAAAACGAUAAAAUUACCCGAAUUGGCACAAGAGCUUCAAGAUCGAAAUACCGGUUUAACGUUGGUUGACCGAACCUGGCAUUUCAAAAGGCACUUGCAUUGCUUUGUUGGAAGUGAAUUGGUGUCUUGGUUAGUAGAUUGUUUUGAGGAUAUUGAGACACGUGAAGAAGCCACAGCUUAUGGACAAAACUUAAUGAACAAAGGGUUGUUCCAACAUGUUGAGCUGCGACACGGUCUUUUGGAUGGUCAUUUUUUUUAUGAAUUUCUGGAUGAGUAUGUUGAUAAGACAGACCGAGAAAAGCCAUCUUGGUUUGGAUCUAAGAGAAUUGAUGGAGCCAGUACUCCACAAAGCAAUUCAUCUCCAAGGAUAGCGGGACAAAAUGAUUUGCAGAAAAUAAUUUCGGCCCUGAAUCUUAGAUCCGAGACGUCAUCAACAGCAGAUUCUACCGGUAAGAAACGUAAGAAGUUUAUAUUAAGUCGAUCAGUGAAAUUUGAUGUUGAUCCCUUAAAGAAAUCAUUCCGUCCGGAAUUUGUUACAGUUCAUUACGACAGAGUCCAUAACCCUGAACAUUGCUAUCAUAUAAGAUUACAGUGGUUGAACACAACCAAUAAAUUUAUUGAAGAUACUAUUACUGCUUGGACAAGGUUAUGCGAACGUCAUGGAUUGAAAUUAGUGGAGACUCCUUGGAAUGAGUUGUGUUCUCUUCCGAAACUUAGUCCAUUUCAUUCCUUUGUGGACAUAAAAUUGCUGGUCAACCCAUGGACAGACCUGGACCUUUGCGACGAUCGCAUAUUGUCAUCCAACAGAUAUUAUUAUCAUUCAUAUUUCCUAAAACAAAUGGGAUACUAUUUGGAUAACCGAUCCACAUCCUUUUUUCUGCGUGAAAACAUUGAUAUUGGCUAUAGUUGGGGGAAACCGUCUUUUAGGUAUGCACAGUUUAUUCACAAGACAGGCUUUUACAUUGUCGAGUUGAGAGACAAUGGAGAUUUCUUUUUGGCACCCAACAAUAUGCAUCUUACUCGUGUUAGAUCAUCCACCACAUUGGUUGGAGACUAUGAGAAUUACUCCAAAGGUGUUCUCGCUGAUUCUCAAACUGUAAUGCUUAACUUUAGAGCAGCUUGUCAAAACAAAGAGUUUUUGAAAGAAACUUUUACGUUAGCUAAAUCAAAUUGGAAGGACGAUUAUUUUUCACCGAUUAUAUAG